AUAGCACCAGCGGUGAUAACACAACAACUUCUCGUCUCCAUGGCAACAGCGUCGCUCCGCUCCCUGCAGCAACAACAUUCCUCGAUUGCAUCAGCUUCGAAUUCAAAUCGGCGCCGGCCAAUGGGAGAGUGCCAUUUUUCGCGCCGCUACCUGCCAUUGGUCGAUUCGUUUAUCACAGCGGCAUACUUCUAUUCUCAUUUCGGAGUAGACUGCCACAAGACACAAACUCGUCCGUUCACUUGGUCUUUAGUAGCCUGCUCAGCUAUCAUCGUUUAGUUCUACCGUGCGAAGUGCUCUUCCUACUCAGUUUUUUCUACAAAUUUACACUUAAUUUUUCUACAACUUUCAUUCGAAAUGGACAACACAUCACUGUGGGUUUUCGGUUACGGUUCGCUCUGCUGGAAUCCCGGCUUCGAAUUCGAUCAAACCCUCACCGGUCACGUCAAAGGCUACUCACGAAAGUUCUGGCAAGGAAAUACAACUCAUAGAGGUGUCGAAGGAAAGCCGGGAAGAGUAGCUACAAUCAUUGAGGACAGCAGAGAUGUAGUUUGGGGAAGAGCCUUUCGCCUGGUAGGAGAAUCUGCCCUGCGUUACCUGGAGACUCGGGAGUGUGUGCUGGGAGGCUACAAGACGAUAAUCGGCAAUUUUCACCCGAGACACGACCGGACUGCCUCGUUCCCCGUGCUUAUCUACGUGGCCACGCCCGAGAACAACCUGUGGCUCGGCGAUGCCGCAAUAGCUGAUAUUGCCAAUCAGAUUGUUGACUGCAGGGGUGCCAGUGGACAUAAUGUCGAGUAUCUUUUGAAAUUAGCCCGAUUCAUGCGCGAACACAUACCGGAAGCUGACGACAAACACCUUUUCACCCUGGAAAUCCUCAUCCUGUCGAAAAUCAAGGAACAAAACUUGUCUCUGAACUAUCUAAUGGGAGAAACACCAUUGCACGAUAGACCACCUCUCGAGAAGCCAAACAAUCCUUACGACUUGGACAAUCGGAUACAGUUCACCACGUUAGUGGAGCAAUCCAAGAAAAUGCUUCAUGUCUGAUGCGAAACUUUGAUGCAGCGCUUGCAUCUUUGGAAAUUCCUACCUUAUACUUGCCUCACUGGCUACAGGACAUUGUCAUCAGCUACAAUGUUGAGGGCUUCCUUCAUUUCACUGAAGAGUAACACGCAUAUAAUAACAGCAUAUUAUGUAGCUAGAAGGGAAAAUUGAUACACAACUUUGACAACCAUUCUACAAUGAAACAUGUGUAGCCUAUUCUAUCGUUGAUUAUGACGUGUAUUUUACUGUAAAUCUUUAUGAUAAACUAACUUUCUCCGUUGCUGCAGGAGCUUAAUGAACUGAGUGAAUCAAGAAAACUCACAGUAGGAUUGACGUCGUUAUCUACAAUAUCGUCGGAAAAAUUAAUAUUUCAUGAAAAUAGCAUAUAAUUUAUAUUUUCUAGUUUGCUAUUUUCUGUAAGACGUUUUGAACAUACCAAGAUUGUAGAAUUUUGAAGCUAUUGGCCAACAUUGUACUAUAAACAUUCAAGUCUUAUUGGUUGAAUCAUAUGCGUGAUUUAUUAACUGUAUUUGGUUUCAACCGAAUAACAUCAGUGGAAUUAGGAAUUCUAAUUACUAAUCUGUGUUACUGGAAUUCUUUUAAGAAGAUAUAAUAGUCUGUUGUUUGUUCAAAAUUUUAUCACUCACUGCUAUCUAAAAUUUAACUUAUGAGAUGACAAGUCUAGCUAGUCUACAAUUUCCUUUGUAUUACUUGCUUUAAAAAACUUACUUUGUUAAAACCUCUCGAAUAACUUCGGGAGUUCUUCGUAACGAUUCUAUGACUUUAUUCAGAAUUCGUUCAUUUCUUGACAGUGAAUAAUAUUCUCUAUUUAGAAUGAGGCUUUUACAAGGUUUUUCACUUCUACCAUAAAGCAGAGCAGUGAGAAGAUUGGUAGCUCAUUUGUAGUAUAAUUUAUUGAACUUCUACAAUACAAUACUGCUUUGUUAAUUUCAAUGAUCUGCUUUAGAAAUAUAUUGUAUAAAGUAUCUUCCAUCUAUGUUUAUAUUAUCAUAAAAUCUAUAACACUCUCCAUAUUUCGAGUACACUCAUAUUCUGUUAUCUCACAUGUGCUGAUAUCUGUGAUACUAAGCUAUAAAGUUUGUGAUAACUAGUUAGAAAACUGUUAAAUUUCAAUUGUUUGUAAUAGUAGCUUCCGGACUUCCUUCUUAGUUGAUUGCUUGGUGCUUGGUAUGUUAUCAAGUGUUGGGAAGUGAAAAAUUAUGAUUAUAACACUAUUGUGUCCUAAUUUGAUAAAUUUAUGACAAUAGUUCAGUACUCCUAUUGUUUGUGAUAGUGUGGCAGCUACUAUGUAGUUUCGAACUUUUUUCAAUGAACAUGAGUAUAUUUUUCCGGUAAUAAAUGAACUGGAAACACUAUUGUAUCAGAAUUAUAAUUUACAAUUUUUGUGUUCUUUAUUCGUUGUAUUGUAUAUUUCCAAUAUAAAAUUACUGUGGUAAUAGAAAUAUUUUCAUUUCCUUUCAAAGUAAUGAUUCCUAACAUACAAGCUAUCGAAAUUACAUUUGAAACGAUUAAAGAGCCAAACCCAAACCUGAAACCAGAUUAAGUUUUACUGUAAAUAUUCAUUGACAAUUUCAUCAAUCUUGACUGGAAGAUUGGAUGGAGGCAAAAUCUUAUUGGAAUUCAUCUCUUAUCCAAUCAAGAAACAUUCAUUCAUUGUUAUGGCCAAGUCAUUAACUAUUCCAUUAAACUUUAGAAAUUAAAUAAGGGUAAAAGCUUCAACGCUUGCAUAUUUUCAAGAAUCAAGUAUCGUUGGUUCAUUAUUUCAGAGAAGGAUGAGUUUUGUUUUGAUUUUUGUUAAGGUUUGAGUGACCUUCAGUCAUUCAGGAAAUGAGUUGUCGAUUCAUUCAAAAUGAUUUUUUUUUAAAUAAUCAUUUUAUGGAUAAGUGUUUUAUGGAAAUAAUAUCUUACCAUUAUUGUUAUUCAAAUUCUGGUGAAUCCUCAAUAAUUAUGUUAGUUGGUAUUGUGAAUUUAUUUUAAUUUUUUUCACGUGAAUGCACCUGUAUACUGUGAAUUCAAAAUUUUGUAUGUUAAAGCACACAACACUAAUUUUCUAAUAAUGAGAAGGAUUUCUCUUCCAUUUACAAUAAAGCUUUUCCAUCAAUUUGC